UGUUUUGGAUGAUUACGUGUAGCUCACCAACUAGCGGCAGUUAGCUUGUCAGCUAGCACAUAUCGACUGUCACAAGGAUAGCUAUUCGUUAAGUGUAUACGGCAAAGAAGCGAACGUACAUUCAUUGAACAUUUGAAAACGCUACGGACUGAAGUUAAUAUGCUGUAACAGAAUGGAAUUACCAGAAUCAACUUGCUUCAAGUUGUACUGUAUAAGGACGCAGCUCUGUUUCAGCCUUCAGAACAAGGAGCCAUAAACUUCCAUGUGUCGCAGGAAGUCCUUUUCUCUCCAGAAACUGCAAAUUGCACCAAAAAAGAGACACUCAAAGGACAGACAUGUUUGCCAAGUUGAAGAAGAAGAUCGCAGAGGAGGCGGCCACAGCACCUCGGAGUGGUGUUCGGAUACCGCGCACCAUCAGCAAGGAGUCCAUCACCUCGGUGGGGGCAGACUCGGGGGAUGACUUUGCAUCUGAUGGCAGCAGCUCCAGGGACGACCUGCCUGCACAGCUUCUCAGAAGGAAUGAUCAGAUCCGCAAGCUGGAGGCCAAGCUAUCAGACUACGCUGAGCAGCUACGAAUUAUGCAGAAGACCCAGGACAAGCUUGAAUUUGCGUUAGAAAGGCAACAGGAUUCUUCCAUAAAGAAACUUCAAGACCAGAAUGAGACUCACCAGGCCACCAGAGCCAAAAUGGCAGAGGGGAUGGCUCUAGCUCUGGAGAAGAAGGAUGAAGAAUGGAUGGAGAAGAUGACUGAUUUGGAAAAGGAGAAAGCUUCCCUGUCAGCCCGGCUAGAGGAGAUGAUGGAGCAAAGCUUAGCACUCUUCCAGAAAAGGGAUGACCUGGAUGAACUGGAGGGCUUUCAGCAGCAGGAGCUGGCUAAAGUUAAACACAUGUUGCUGAAGAAGGAGGAGCAGCUCAGCCGGAAGGACCAGGAGCUCCAGCAGAAGGAGGCUGAAGUUCAGUCAGCAAAGCGAGGGCUGUCUGAGGUCAGAGGGAAACUCCAGACUCUGGAACGGCAGCAUGACGAGAGCUGCAGAAUCAACACUGAGCUGGAGAUAGAGCGAGAGGAGCUGCUGCUGCUCAGAGAGGAGGCAGAUCAGAAGCUGACUGAGCUGCAGGCCGUCCUCCAGCGGGUCUCUGAAGACUUCCACAAGUCACAGGGUAUGGUGUCCACUUUAGAGAGGUCCCUCCAUGAACUGCAGACUGAGCAUGAUGCCCUGAAGUUGCAACAACAGAAGGCUGCUGUAACAGAGGAGGACAAGGAGCGCUUGUUAGCGGACCUUCAGAAGAAAGUGACGUCUCUUGAGAGGCGGCUCCAGGGGAACCUGAGCCAGGACGAGCAUCUGCAGGAGUUUCUCCAGGAGAAGUGUGGCCUGGAACAGAGUCUGGAGGAGACGAGAGCACAGCUGCUGUUAGUCCGGACAAACCACGCUGACACUGUGAGUGCUCUGGAGACACAGGUAUCCAAACUGAACUGCAACAUCACUGAGCUGCAGACCCUUCUCCGGCACAAGGACGACUCCUCCAGAGCCUACAGAGAGAGAACAGACACACAGAUAGCUGAUCUGGAACAGAGAGUGGUGGAGAGCAGUGACAGAGUGAGGAGUGCAGAGCGUCAGAUCACAGAGAAACAGCAGCACAUGGAGAAACUGCAGGGGGAGUGGAGUGCAGAGAAGGCCUUUCUGGAUCAGCAGGUGUGUUUGCUGCAGCAGCAGAGUGAGGAGAUGGCCGGUCGCCUGCAGCAGAGCAUCAGCUCCCUGCAGACAGACAGACAGCUGCUGCAGGACAGGCUGGCUGAACUGGACACUCAGAGGGACGAGGCCACCUGCAGUCUGAGUCAGCGGACUGAGGAGCUGGAACAGUGCAGGGCAGAGCUCAACAGUCGGCAAACGGUGAGCACAGAAAUCGCCAAAGCUCUGGAAGACAGCAGAAGACAGAAGGAGGAGCUGCAAACACAGGCUGGACAGCUGACCACAUCCCUGCAGAGCUCACUGCAGGAGCUGUCCACUGUCAAAAAGAAGCUAUCACUGAAAGAAGAAGACAUCGAAACACUUCAGAAUGAGGUGCAGUGUCGGCAGGCCUCCCUGGUGCAGCUGCAGGCAGAACUGGAGCAGCAGCGGGUGCAAUUGGAGCAGAUGGAGCUGGACAAAGACUCCCAGCUCAGCAGUCUGAGGGAGGAGCUGCUCAGCCAGACGCAGCACCUUGAUACCUGCCAAGCCCGGAUCUCGUUCUUGGAAGUGGAGGUGGAAACAUUGACAGAGCAGCUCCACAGCCCCGAGGUGUGUGAGGAGGAUCAGAACGGCAGUGUGACGGUGGAUGACCUGGAUCACAUCCAGAAGGUCAACAAAGACCUGGAGCAGCAGCUCACUGACAAGAACAGGACCAUCAAGCAGCUGCAGCAGAGACUGGCAGAACUGAAGAGGACGCUGCAGAAGGAACUGAAGCUAAAGCCUGAGUCAGAAGCCGAAGGUAAGGAGAAGUUUCCAGAAAGCCGGGCCGACAAACCAGAGAGGGUUUAUCCAGAGCCGCCACCAGCAUCCACGCUUAGCCCCCCCACCUCCAACACCACGGUGACCAACACAUCAGACCUCAACGACUCAAGAGAAAUCAACUUUGAGUAUCUCAAACACGUCGUACUGAAGUUUAUGUCCUGUAGAGAGGCUGAGGCAUUCCAUUUAAUACGUGCUGUGUCUGUGCUGCUGAACUUCACUCGUGAGGAAGAGGACAUGUUGAAACAAACUCUGGAGUACAAGAUGUCCUGGUUUGGAUCCAAGCCUUCUCCAAAGGGUGCCAUGCGGCCUUCAAUCUCAGGCUCUGCCACUCAUUGGAGCUGAGUGGCAGCAGCAAGAAUUGAAGCGGUGGAGAGAAAGAAACUGAAGGAGGGAAAAGCUGCUGCUGGGGCUCCCAUAACUGGGCCGGCUCUAGCUUUAAACUCUGAACAGCCUCUCUGGGUUUUCUGGCUCUGUGAGGGAAGGACUGUUAUUCUGCUCCGGUGGGAAAGAGAAGGGCUGCACAGCAUCUUCUUAAUCAGUUGAUUUUUAAAUGACAUUAUUUCCUUCUCAACUGUCGGGGCAGAUGGAUCUGUGGCAAUAUGUUACAGAGAGUAAACACACAUCACUCAUUCUGGGGUUCUAAGUGUCUACAUGAAGUCUGAUGUUUUCUCUCUGUGACAAACAUCACAGUGGUUAGCAUGUCAGGAAGUGAGAAAGUUUUGGAAGAGCUGACAGACUGACUUGACUGUUAUCUUAGAUCAUUUUAACAAUACUACACAGUCACAUCUGUUGUCAGAACAGAAGAACAUUGUGACUUCUUUACUGGACGAGUGAUGCAGCAUUCAUUUCUAACGCUCACAUGGUUCUCCUUUAAGUAUAAAUCACAGAGGGCUUCUCAAUGAGAAUGUCAUUAAACGACUGGCACAGGUGACCCAAGCUGAUUUGGUUUCAGUAUCAUCAUUUAAUAAUACCUGCCAAAUUGACAAAUAGUUAACAAUUCUGUCAAAGGAUCUAAAUGUAUCUACAUUUAGAAAUUGAGGCUUCUCAAAGUGUCAUCCUGCGUUCUCCUUGCUGGAAUAGCAGCAAAUCAUUUUAUAUAUUCACUAUAGGAAUGUGUGUAUCUGGUCGAAUGGAAAAGGCAUACAAUUCUUAAAAGACUACUUUACUUUACAACUUGCACAAAUAAGGGAACCCAGACUAUCUGUCAAAUGGCACACCCAAUGUUCUAACACUGACAUGUUUACCAAGUUGUGAGCGAGGAUUAAUUAUGAUUAACGUUUUUUUGUAUCAAUUCAAAAGUAAGUUGGGCAUUUAUCUUUUAAUGAAACGUCCUUGCUUUCAUUUCUCUGUAAAAGCACAUUUGCUUUUUAUUUCUUUACACUGUCAUUCGAAACACAGCUUUUGCUCCAAUUUGCUGCCUGCACACACUGUCCUACACUCUCACUGUCCUAAACUCACUGUCCUACACUCUCACUGUCCUAAACUCUCACUGUCCUAAACUCACUGUCCUACACUCUCACUUUCCUAAACUCACUGUCCUACACUCUCACUUUCCUAAACUCUCACUGUCCUACACUCUCACUGUCCUACACUCUCACUGUCCUACACUCUCACUGUCCUACACUCUCACUGUCCUAAACUCACUGUCCUACACUCUCACUGUCCUAAACUCACUGUCCUACACUCUCACUGUCCUAUACUCUCACUGUCCUAAACUCACUGUCCUACACUCUCACUGUCCUAAACUCACUGUCCUACACUCUCACUGUCCUAAACUCACUGUCCUACACUCUCACUGUCCUACACUCUCACUGUCCUACACUCUCACUGUCCUAAACUCACUGUCCUACACUCUCACUGUCCUACACUCUCACUGUCCUACACUCUCACUGUCCUAAACUCACUGUCCUACACUCUCACUGUCCUAAACUCUCACUGUCUUACACUCUCACUGGCCUACACUCUCACUGUCCUAAACUCUCACUGUCUUACACUCUCACUGUCCUAAACUCACACUGUCUUACACUCUCACUGUCCCACACUCUCACUGUCCUAAACUUUCACUGUCCUACACUCUCUCACUGUCCUACACUCUCACUGUCCUAAACUCACACUGUCCUACACUCUCAUUGUCCUACACUCUCACUGUCCUACACUGAAACAACCAAUUGGAAUAAUUUUGAGGUGGAAUUUUGAAAGUGUGAGACUCUGUGCCUCAACUCAGAGAAGGCUUAGGAAAAGGUGCCCACACACUCGUUCACUUCAGACUUCGUUAAUUAUCUAAAACGGUAUUUCCAAAGUAUUUAUUCAUCAGAUUUUGACUUUGGGAAAGAAGGAAAAACUGUAAAAGUCUACUGCAUCUGUGAUCUUUCUCUUUAAACACAUCAUACAAAUGCUGUUCUAUGACAUCUUUUUUCACAUCCAGUCACUGAGCCUGAGCUGCAAAUGUGUGGAGGCCCACCUACCACUUAGACCUCUCAUUUAGGCUAUAGUUGUCCAUUUAAAUAAUAUAACAAUGUGAUAAAAUAAGUGAAUGCUAUGUAAAUGAUGACCGGAGGACAUGCUCUACCUUUACCUGCCUUUGCUAAUGUAAAUUGAAUACAUUCCACAUGUCUAUUUAUAUAAAAUUAUGUACAUACUGUAUGCAUUGAAAUCUUUAUAAAUCUGUGGAUGUAAAUGUUUGGAUGUGA